GAGGGGAUUGGAACACCUGAAUCACAUGAUAUGGAGGGGAUUGGAACACCUGAAUCACAUGAUAUGGAGUGGAUUGGAACACCUGAAUCACAUGAUAUGGGAGGGGAUUGGAACACCUGAAUCACAUGAUAUGGAGGGGAUUGGAACACCUGAAUCACAUGAUAUGGAGUGGAUUGGAACACCUGAAUCAUAUGAUAUGGAGGGGAUUGGAACACCUGAAUCACAUGAUUGGGAGGGGAUUGGAACACCUGAAUCACAUGAUAUGGAGGGGGUUGGAACACCUGAAUCAUAUGAUAUGGAGGGGAUUGGAACACCUGAAUCACAUGAUUGGGAGGGGAUUGGAACACCUGAAUCACAUGACAUGGAGGGGAUUGGAACACCUGAAUCACAUGAUAUGGAGGGGAUUGGAACACCUGAAUCAUAUGAUAUGGAG